CUGGGCACUUGAUGUUUACUCCUCUAAACAAAAUGUGUUCGGUGGUUUCCUCUACAUUUUGACGGUGAGGGCAUCGUGAGAGAGUUGGAUAUUCUUAAAAGAAGCUCUACUCUGUAAAUGCAUUUUUAAAAUUCAUGUUUGAAGCGAUAUCUGAUUGGAAUCCAAUAGCCGAAUCUGCACGGGUGACGAUGAAGCUAUUUGCAGUGAUUUAGAAAAGAAGAUUCUCGUUGGCCUGAUUUCCGAGGAGCACGUACCGCCGAACACUUUUACUCGCAUUAGAUGGGUUCUUCCCGUCGACGUGGCUGUCGAAGUAGUAGCAGCCCGACUGAUUCAACUCGAUCCGGUUCGGAUUCGGAUGAAGGUCGCUCAUGGCGGAGAGAACGUAGCUCUAAAGAUUAUAGACAAAUAGAAAAAACCUUGGAUUCUCAAAAAGAUGAACGUUCGUGUUCAACGUCAAGACGAAAAGACGUUGAUAAUGCAGUGGAGCGAUCACGAAGUUCACCAGAGUAUCGCGGGCACAAUAAGGGUUCGCAGAAAGAUGGUAACCGAAGAAGCCCGGAAGGCUCUAUUGAAAAGCACUUGGUAAAGGAGCGUAAAAGAAGCUCUUCCCGUUGUCGUAGAAAUACCACACGAUGUCGAAGCCGUGACAGAGGGCAGAGUUUAGCUGAGAGCAACCGCGCAUCAAAGGAAAGGAACCGGUCACGAGAGAGGCUCGAACGUCCUCAAUAUAAAUCCACGUUUCGCUAUUGUGGACAAAAAGAUUCUCGCCGAGAUCGAACCGACUCUAAAGAACGAAGACAUCAUAAGAGCAAUUUAAGAGAAUCUCCUCAUGAACGUCGAAAUAAGUCGGAACAUGAAAAGAAAACUAGAGGUGAUUCCACAUGUGAAAGUGAGACUUGUGAUAAAUAUUAUGCUACGAAAUACGAGCAGAGUAGCCAGGGCAAGAGUUCCAGGCAACAAUUGGCGCCACGUUCUAGGAGCACCAGCGACGCGUCCCGAAGUACGUCCUAUGAGCAAGACUGUGAUGAAGAAAAGACCAAAACCGAGCGGAGGCAUAAGGAUGCAAUGAGCAAGGGCGAACGGGAAAAGUAUAGUGAGUUUCUCAAAGAGGAAGAAGUACGCCGAAAGGAGGAAAAGAAACGCCUUAAGCAGCUUAUGAAGGAGCGAGAAACGCCUGAGCAGAAGAGGGCACGUCGUCUCGCUAAAAAAGAAGCUAAGGAACGUAAACGAAAACAAGAGAUGGGCUGGGAUGAAGAGUAUGCCGGUUACACAAAUCACGAUAAUCCAUUCGGUGAUUCCAAUUUACUCCAAACAUUUAAGUGGACGAAAAAGUUAGAAAAAGAGGGUUUUAAAGACAUUAAGGACGAGGAACUAGAGCGUAUGAACCGACGCAAACGUGAAGAGCAACGGCAGGAACUGGAGAAAGUCAAAGAACGACGGCUAGAACGCGAAAGAGAACGCGCUGAACGGGAUGCAGCUAUUGAAAUGGAGCAACGUCAGCGUGAGGGUGCGCAGUUUGAGCAGUGGGCAGCUCAGGAGGACAGUUUCCAUUUGCAACAAGCCAAACUCCGUUCAAAAAUUCGUAUUGAGGACGGUCGCGCUAAACCGAUUGAUCUUCUCGCUCGAUACAUUUCAGCAGAGGAAGAAGAUUUUUCUGUGGAUAUGAUUGAACCUUACCUCUAUUUGAAUGGGCUAACGCUUGAUGACUUCGAAGACCUUAUUGAGGAUAUUAGCGUUUACAUGCGGCUUGAGAGUAAAAAGAAUCAAGAAUAUUGGAACGAUAUUCGUAUUAUCGUCGACGAAGAAGUUCGCCAGCUGAACAACGAGGAGAAGAAUGCUCUGGAUGAUAGAAGCGGGCGUAGUGCUAUUAGCACUGAAGUCAGCUCCGAGAUCGUCAGUGUAUUCAAAGGCAAAACACCUAAACAGCUUGAAGUCCUCAAAGGUCAAAUAGAACUAAAGCUGAGUAACAAGGCCCCGGGCCUUGAUGUCGCUUACUGGGAAACAUUACUAUCACGUUUGCGUUCGUAUAUGGCUAGAGCCCGACUUCGAGAACGCCAUGAAGAAAAUCUUCGAAAGAAACUGGAGCAAUUAAAGAUGGAACAAGGAGUAGCGGAAGAAGAACAUAUUGCAUCUCGGUACACCUGUGCAGAAGGCAGCAGUAGCCCUAGGACAGGCCAAGAUGAGGGCAGCCAAACUUCAGAACGGGGCGAAUUAGACCCAUUACAACAGAGCAUAGAGGAUUACCACGCAGGCAGAUAUACACCAACGCUACUUACGACGCAAGAGCUUGAACCUGGCACUCUCCUAACCGACCCCGAUGAGGAUGAGCAGCGACGAGAGAUUCGUAAAAUGAUGUUGCGUUCUAGUGGAACCGCCAAGCUGACUCGUAUAGAAGAAGAAUUUGAGCGAGAAGCUCGUAAAGGUAUGGAUUCAGACGAGGCCCGCUUCAGCGUUGAGGAGAACCUUGUCGAUUCUCAAUCAUACCAAUGGAGUGACAAAUGGCGACCGCGAAAACCGCGGUACUUUAACCGCGUUCAUACAGGCUUUGAGUGGAAUAAGUAUAAUCAGACACACUAUGACAUCGAUAAUCCGCCACCCAAAAUUGUUCAAGGCUACAAAUUCAACAUUUUCUAUCCGGACCUCAUUGAUAAGAACAAGACGCCUCAGUAUUUUCUCAUUCCAUGUAAGGACAACACUGACUUUUCUAUAUUACGUUUUCAUGCAGGUCCCCCAUACGAGGAUAUCGCGUUUAAAGUUGUCAACCGAGAAUGGGAAUAUUCAUAUAAAAAGGGUUUCCGGUGCCAAUUUCACAACGAUAUCUUUCAGUUAUGGUUCCACUUUAAACGCUACCGAUACAGGAGAUAGAAAAUGAGUGUGUGCAUGUAUUCAUGUGAGGCUUGAUGAGAAAUUAUGUGCAUCAUUAUAAAAAGUUGAGUCGCCUACUUUCAUUCCGCGUAAUGCUUUCUUAUCAUUGGUCUGAAACCCUGAUUGUAUAUACAUGACAUAUACGAAUAAUAAA